GGAGAGAGAUAACAGAGAAGCAGAAAGAAAGCGAGAGAGCUUUUUUUUUAACCGAAGCGGCGCACAGACCACACUGUUCUUAUUCCUCGGUCUGAUGGUGUUGUCGCUGGUUUAGACCUAUUCGCAUCGCAACCUAUAGUCACACCUCUUCGAUUGUAAAUUACUAUCUUACAAUUAGGCCUACCGCUUUUCAUUUCCAUUCCUUUUGCAGUGAAUAUUUCUUUGGAAUAUAGAGCAUUGUUUUGGAUCUAUGAUGAUGAGGACUAACCGGUGGAUUGCAGCACUCAAGUGGGGCCAUCACAGCUUGGACUGAGCUACACCUGCUCUCCUCCAAACAAGAAAUCUCCCGUGUCUGGAGAGGAACGGUACCGCCAGAGGCGCGGGUGCUCAAGCCCACCCUGGAAGGACCUGGCCGAUCUCCCCUCCCGCUGCAGGCUGCACGCACAGCGGACCACCGCGUCCGUUACUCUACUCCUUCUGCACCCUCACCAUUCUCCUGGAUCUUUCUUUUUUCACGAUUGGAAGGGUUGCGCUGCUACUCGAGGGCUUUCCCUCAUUGAAGUGAAAGGGAUCGCCUUGUCGCGUUGCAUCUGACCACAAGAGUAGGCUUCACAACAGUGAAUAAUUGUUUAUGACAAUAUCAAAUAGAAGACUCAUUCGCAACCUGCCACUAUAAGGAUAAGCCGAUUCCCCACUGUCGAGCUAUUUUGGGCUAGAAUGUUUCUCUCGUGGACUUUGGUUGUCUGGGUGUGCCUGGGUCCCGGUGUCCCGGGGAGCGGCGCCGCCAACAGCACGAGCCUGAACGGCAAAGCCCGGAGCUGCUCCGACCUCCGCCAGUUCUAUACGGGGAAAGGGUUCACCCUGAAUGGGGUACCUCGGGAGGAAAUGUCCGGAGAGCACCUGCGGAUGUGUCCCCAGGGCCCGACCUGCUGCACGGGCCCCAUGGAGGACGGGCUGGCCCGGCUGGGGACCCAGGAGACCCAGGACCUGAUCCGCGAGGCCGGUCGCUCCCUGCAGGCCGCCCCUCAACGCCCUGUACUCCGGAGCUUCGACUCCUACUUCAUGGACCUCCAUGCUAAAUCGGAGCGCUCUCUGCCGGACACGCUGUCCCCCCUGGGGGCUGUGUACUCCCAGAACGUGCGCCUGUACACCGACCUGUACGCUGACCUGCGGCGCUACUACCGAGGCUCCGCCCUCAACCUGGACGAGACCAUCUCUGAGUUCUGGUUCCGGCUCCUGGAGGCGGCGUUCAAGAACGCAGCCGCUGCCAAGACGAGCCCGUCAGAGGACUACCUGGAGUGUGUUGCCAAGCAGCGGAGGUCUCUGCGGCCGUUCGGCGAGGCGCCGCGCGACAUGAAGGCCAAGGUGACGCGGGCGUUCGUCACGGCGCGCUCCUUCGCCCAGGGGCUGUCCAUCGCCGGAGAGGUGGUCAAGAAGGUGUCCCAGGUGUCCCUGAGCCCUGAGUGCGAGAGGGCCCUGAUGAAGCUGGUCUACUGCCCUCACUGCCGCGGUCUGGCCUCCGUCAAGCCCUCCAACUACUGCUCCAACGUCAUGAAGGGCUGCCUGGCCAAUCAGGCCGACCUGGACGCGGAGUGGCAGAACCUCAUUGACACUUUGCUCCAGGUGGCUUCCAGCUUCAGCACAGAGCCCAGUGUGGACGUGGUCCUUUCCUCCAUCCCUGCACGCAUCUUCGAGGCAGUGGGCUACCUUCAGGACAGCAUGGACACUUUCACUGCCAAGGUGUACCAGAUGUGUGGAGCCCUGGAUGAGUCCGGGACCGGGAGCCCCCCCUCUCAGGAGCAGCAGAGGAAGAAAGGGGCUUCUCUCACAGCCUCUCCGACGGCCGGCCUCAGGCUGGAGAUGCAGGUGUCGGACCUGUCCAGUAAGCUGAGGGAGAUGCAGCAGUACUGGGUACAGCUGCCUGCCGCGCUCUGCAGCAAGCUGGCCUCUUCCAGCAGCUCCAGCCAGGACAAGUGCUGGAACGGCAUGGCCAAGGCCAGGUACCUUCCAGAAGUGAUGGGUGAUGGACUGGCCAAUCAGAUCAACAACCCAGAGGUAGACCUUGACAUCACCAAGCCAGACAUGACUAUCCGACAGCAGAUCAUGCAGCUCAAAAUGAUGAGCAACAGGCUGAAGAACGCACUGGAUGGCAACGAUGUGGACUUCCAGGAUGCGAGUGAUGACAUCAGCGGUUCCGGCAGUGGGAUGUGCCAGACGGGGCACUGUGCCCGGAGCCGGCCGGGCGGCUACCCCCCCGAUAACAACCGGGUGCGAGCCGGCACUGAACCCCAGAGCCGCCUCUACAGAAUCCUAAUCCUCUUCCCAUUGGCUGUGCUGCUGCUUCUGCGAUGAUGGACGGAUGUCGCCUCCUUUAAGACUGAGUUCCAGGACUACGGUGGAACCGUGGGGAGGACCUUUUGGAAAUGGACCAGGAAUUAUGCAGACCUUUGCCCCUUCCAGAAGAAAAGGGGAAAAGGAAGGAUGAACUCAUUUCUGUUCUUAUCGUAGAACAUGACAAAACCCCCUUUUCUUUGUCAUUGUAUGUGUCUGUGUUUGGUGAGAUUCAGUAACGUUGAGCUGGUCUUUUGCUUCUGCUGUCUCUUAACAUUGUUUAAAAAAGGAUUGAGAUGAAAGAGAAGAACAGGAGGAAUAAAACUAAGGUUUGUAAAGUGAUCACAGACUAUAGUAAUGAUGUGAAGAGUAUCAUGUGUGAUGGUUGGAUUUACCUUGCCUGAUGUAAUGAUGAUAACAUUGAACACUGAUAGUGAUGCUCGGUCAUUCUAACAAAAGAGCUCUGGAUUUAACAUAACUGUGUUCUCUUUGGUUACAUGGCCGGGAAGCUGUAAUUCCGAAAAAAGAAAAGAAACCUUCCCCUACUUAUCCAAUGUUUCUCUUUUGAGAUUUGAUGAAGAGACCCUUUCUGAUCAAUACAACCAAGGGCACAACAGCACCAAUGUGAACUGAAUGUUGCAGACUUGGUUCUUCCUGCAAAAAUGAUGUUUCCGUGGAGCCGAUGCAUGAGCCUGUCCUGGAUUGUGUGAUAAACACGACCAUCAACUAUGUGCUACCAUCGGAAAAUUUGAACCGCUACAGCUGCCUUUUAUUCUGGCUAUCUGUUGGAGAGUUUGAUUUCACCUGAUUCAUUCUGUGUACAAUACAUACAAUGAUGUUUUUUAAUGUUGGCAUUGUAAGCUCUGAGCUUUUGUGUAGAUGAGUAAAACGUUUCGCGUAUUGGUGUACCCUGAGUGGGAUUCCUUUGAGAAAUCACACUUUUCUGUACACAGGUGACUUCUGGCUAAUGGUAUUUGGACACAUGUCCCACAUGAGAAUGUAUCUGAGAUAUUGCUGUCAAAUUGCCCUGACUUUGGCCUUUCUUUGACACAACUGAAUGGUGACGACAUUAUUCAAAGCUCUUAUUACUGCAAAUUUGCAAUUUGAUCAAAUCAAACUGCAACUCUGCAAACGAAACCUGCACAGGAUUUCAGAUUUGACACCUAAAAGCAGGGAUUUUUUCGUUAAAUUAGGAACCUGUUUCAUUGGAUGAGGACCAGCAAUUUCAAACCAAAACCGAAACCAUUUGAAAUAUUACACUUUUAUACAUUUCUCUCUUUGAACUAUACUAUGCUGGAAAAUACAUGCGCACAGCCAUGCUUGAGACAAUGCACAACAUUUCAAGGAGCAUGGAAAAUCUGUCACAUUCACAUUUUAUAAGAAGGAAUUCAGGGUUUUACAUAAACAAUUAACCUUACUUUGCACUUCCAGGUAAACGUUAAGCUCUUUAUAUCCACACUCAAAUAUCCAGCCCCAAAUAUAAAUGCUUUAAAAGGGGCCACACGCGGUUUCAUCGAUAAAGUUGGUGUUUAAACAAUUAGGCAUAACCAAUAACACAGUUCAUGUAUUAAUAGCUCUUCUUUAGCGUUUCGAUUUCAGCACAUCUGCAUGCAGGGCCUGUUAUGUUCUUACUCCAUUUGUUCAUUGUUCUUUUAUUUCAAGUCUAAUUAAGGUUUAAAUUGGUAAGGAGGUUCCAGUAGAACAAUAGCGAUGUUUAUAAGACAGACCUGACCUUGAUUCUACAUUGACUGUCCCCACCUGUCCUACCACCACAGUGUUGCCUGGCAAACGUGAGGCCUUCAACACCACGAUAUACCUGUGAGGUCCACCGGACCACAGUGGGCUGGCUCUAGGGUGAUCAUGCACACACGCACAUGCACGCACACAGACACACGCACAUACACACUCACUGCUGAUGGAAAUGUAGAUACAUUCACUCUCAUAUCUGUUUGUUUCUUGCCUGUCAUGUCUUUAAAGAUGUUGAUAAUAAUAAAAAUGGCUAUUUGUG